AUGGAAGAGGAUUUUGUGAGAUUUGGUGCAAAUGAUGAGUGCCUUGUCUUUGGUUCUUGCGCUUAUAUAAUAUGUAGGAGUAACCAAGGGAUAUCGCUGGACAUAGUGGGUGAGGCAGAGAAGAACAAUCAUGUUUCAUGCAGACAGAAGCACAUUCAUGAGUAA